AUGGAUCAUUCGGAGAAGAAGCCGGAGAUAUCGAUCGAGAAGUCUUCUCAAGAAGUAUGCCAGAAAUAUCAUCUGACAAAUGGGAACGAGACACUUUUCUCUCUUCUGGACGAUCCGCACUUCAGCAAGCUUUACGUCGUUGUGAGUACUUACUUGUUUCUCACUAUUAUCACCAAUUUUUCUUUUUCUUUUUUUCAGGGCGGUCCGGGAACGGGAAAAACACGAUUUCUGACUCGAUCCGCCGUCAAAUUUGCGAAAAGCAUGGAGAAGAACGUGCUGUGCGUGAUGCCCAACGAGAAGAUCUACAAGGCAUUCCUUCGAGAGUUCGGGAAAAGAAGGAUGGAUUCGGAGUGGCCGCAGUGUUUCAAUGAGCCGGGAGUCAUCGUGACGCUGGAAGAUCUGGAUGCAAAUUUGGCGGAAGAGCCGGUGAGAUGACACGAGAAACACUUGUCAAGUACAAGAUCCUGUUUGAAGACAAAUGUUCUCAAAAGAUGUCGUCUUCUGAUCGGACACCUGGGUCAUCAGUUCUUCCAGAAGAUCCUCGAACUCUCGAACUGGCAUUACGAUGUCGUGGUGAUUGGUAAGAACGAACAAUAUCUCUUUUCUCUUCUCAAAUAUUAUGCUUUCAGAUGACAUUGUCUUCAUUAGCAAAGAUCGUUACUACGCAAUGCUUUGCGCCGGAAGAAAACGUGAAUUCGUGCUUGUCGCUGCCUACGAUUGGCACCAGGACAAAGAGUUCAAAGAGCGGAAUAGUCCGCCGAGUUUCGCGGAGUUCGUCCAAACAGAGAGGACGAACAAGUGCGAUCAUUCGACGUGUACGGGAAAGCCGGCUAUUUGGACGACGCACAUGAACCAUUCGAAUCGUCCGGACGCUUCACUCAAAUGGAUCAGUCUGUCUCACUACGUCCGCCAGUUGAAGGGCCGAACCGAUCGACCGCAGGCGACUAUUCAGUUCGUCGACGUUCAGCUCUUCGCGGAAGCACCCAGUCGCGAGCAGGCGGGUAGUCUAAUGACUGCGUGGAAUCAAGGAGAAGCGAAGAUCGCUGUCGGGAUGGCCGAGGAGCUUUUGAAGGAGGGAACGUCUGCCGAUAACAUUUUCAUAAUCGCAGACUUCGAGCCACAGGUAUCGUCAACGUUCCCGAUCAAUAGUAAACCGUCGUAUUGCAGAUCGAGCUGAUCCGUCGUCUCGUCCACGAAUCCAAGAUCUGUAAGGAGGUGCGAGUCGGAAGUCCGUUCGAUUUCCGGUGGACUCCGAUGGUACGAAACGUGAUAUACACCAACACAGUGUCGCGGAGAUUAGGUAACAAGAUGAGUGCCCGCACAUAUAAACCAGUUUUACUAUUAAAGGAUGCUGGGGGUGCUUCAAACCGGCGAUCGGUGCGUGGAUCAGUGUGCUCACGCGCGCCUACGGACGCGUCAUUUGGAUCGGAAACAGCGAGAUGCUGGCGGAGCACAAUUGGCUCUCAGUUCGAAACUUUCUGAAGUAACCUUCAAAAUGCACCUGCCUAAAUAUGGUUUUAUUCUUCUUUUUUUUCGCAGGUUUCUCAAUGGCGAGGAGAUGGAGGAGAACAAACGGAAACGAGGAAGAAAGUAG